GACUCCUCCUCCUCCCCCCGUCCCCGACUCGGCAAAAUCCCGAUUCCCAACGGCCGCGACACGCACACGCCCACCCCACGCCCGCCGCGCGCGCGAGAGAGAUCGAGAUCGACCGCCACCGUGAGCGCCUCGCGCUUCCCCGCCCGCGGCCACGGCACCGCCGGCCUCAGCCGGCGCCGCCUCCGCAGCAGCCAAGAGGAGAGGCACAGCCAGCUCCGCCUCCUCCGCCUCUUCGACGCCUUCAUCCUCCUCGCCGCCGCCGCCGCCGCAUCCGCGACAGGGGUCCCGUAGCGCGGCCGCCGUCGCGAUGGCCGCGUCCGUUCUCGCGCUCGCCGUCGCGUUCCUCCUCGGCGCCAGCGGCUACGGGGUCGACAGGGGCGCCGCGGCCGCCUCCCCGGCGGCGGAGGGCGUCGAGGUGGCUUAUGGGAGCACCAUCAAGCUGAUGCACGAGAAGACGAAGCACCGGCUGCACUCGCACGAUGUGCCGUAUGGCUCAGGCAGCGGCCAGCAGUCCGUCACUGGCUUCCCCGAAGUCGAUGAUUCCAAUAGCUACUGGAUCGUGCGGCCCUCUCCAGAUUCAUCAGCUAAACAGGGUGAUGCCAUUGAAACCGGUAGCAUCAUCAGGUUGCAACACAUGAGGACACGGAAAUGGUUACAUAGCCACUUGCAUGCUUCACCAUUAUCCGGUAACCUAGAGGUUAGCUGUUUUGGUGGGGAUGGACAAUCAGAUACUGGAGAUUAUUGGAGGCUGGAGAUUGAGGGAGGUGGAAAGCUAUGGAAACAGGAUCAGAAAGUAAGACUCCGACAUGUUGAUACUGGAGGUUAUCUGCACAGUCACAACAAGAAGUACAACAGGCUUGGUGGUGGGCAGCAAGAGGUAUGUGGCGUUAGAGAGAAGCGAGCUGAAAAUAUUUGGUUGGCAACAGAGGGCGUCUACCUUCCCGUUAACAAAAGCAAGUAAACUCAACAUUCCCAUGGGUGCGUCCAAGGUUAACAUAGCACCAGAAUUUUACUGACAUUUUGUUCUGCUAAUGCUUUUAAAUUUAAAGAAGGGACCUAAACCCUGAGUCCCGAGUAUUUUGUUGGUUAUAGAUGACGAUGUGCAGAAAAUGAGAAAUAUACAAACGUUUCAUGUAGCCAAUUUACUUUCUAAUAUUCAGAACGACAAGCUGUUGUAUAAUUUGUAUUUGCUCUUCAUGCUGACGCUAGCAAGCACACCUAUCAACUAUGUUUGUUUACUAUUAAGCUAAGUGCAAUUAUGUUAA